AUGGAGCAGUUUUUCCGCAGCUUGCUUGAGACCAACCGAUUGUCAAGCUUGACGCAGAGAAUCGUCCAAGACCGCUACAAGGCUGAAAUCAACAACGACAAGGAGAUGACGGCUAAUCAGUCUGAUCGAUUGAUAUCUGUCGUUGUCGAAAUGACGAAAGCGGAAAGAGAGAAAAAGUUUGAGGGUAUCGAUAGAAUCAAGCUCGAAGAAGCACGGAAGAUCAUCGACGAACGAAUUGAUACACUGACUCGCAAGUUAGACCAAACCGCCGAGAUAGAUGGCCGUACCAGCAAUCGGUUAAAAGGUUUCUGGAUAAUCAGAGACUUCUUUCUCCUAUUCGAGUCCAAGCUUGAGGACGACGAGUAUAAUAAUACAGCCUGGCUACAAAAAGCAGCCCGAUUUCUAAUUGAAACUGCUAAAGAAAUAGAAGGCUUUAGAGAACGCGGAGCUGAGCUCGAUCGUGAAGAAGCACGGCUUGAUGAAGAAGUCGCCCGGCGUGGUCGGAAAGCAGCCCAGAUGAGAAUCGUGACCGCGGAUAUCAGCCGACUUCAAGCUGUGUUUUACCAUUAUUUCAUGCAGAUAUUUCGUAUUCCACUUGAUGCUCCAGAUCGACAAGAACAGAUUGAAAGACUUUUGGAACUGACUGAUAAAAUCGGUGAGGAAGUAGACAAACGUCUCGACGAGUACGAUGCGCAAUUCAAUGUGCAGUCAACAUAG